CUCGCGUCUUUUGCCCGUGCGCAGUUCUCGCGGGAUUCCUCCUGAUUGGCACUGGCCAUUGUGCCUGGCUGCCAUGUUUUGUUAAACUGUGGGGUGUGUUGAAGAAAUUACACGUUUUAACAUCAACCCCGUACUUUAAGGUUCGCCACAAUGGGGGCUGCAAGAACUCAAGUGCAGUGAAUCAACGAACAAAUUAUUAUUUUUGAUGUUGACUUGGUUUGCAUUUUUUUGAUUUCGUUAUGGGCACCGUUUUCAAGUUAUAAAUUUACGAUGCGUCACGAAAAGCGGUCGCAAGCUAGUGGAAGCCCCCUGAAAAUCGAGACGCAUACCUCACGUGAACCACUCAAUUGCUGCAUGGCUGAUCAUCAUUACUAUUUUUUAUAAACAUAUUAUGAAGUAUCCGCAACUAGUGUCCAUGCCCUCGGCAGUUUCUGAUUGGCUAGAGGAACAGUUGGAAGCUCGUGGAAUAGAUGCUGUAGUAUAUACACGUUACAUACUUAGUCUUUUACACAGCGAUACUGUAGAUGUCAUUUAUUCCGAUGAAGAUCUACAUUUCUCUCACUUGAAAAAGGAAGUGAGACGUCCGAUUGGAGGAAAUCGUAAACGUUUUCGUCGUUCAUCAUCCGAUUGGUGGAAAAAUGCACAAGCUGAUGCUGAAAAACUGAAACGUUCAGCUGCAAUAGAAUGUCUUAUGUCAGCAUCUGAACAAACAUGCGGAAUUGAAUCACUAAUUGAUGAGUUAUGCGAAAAAUUGAACGAAAUCAAGAGUGAUAAACCACACGUUGUCGAUCCUCCUAUCAAAAAAACUAAUCUAGAGCUCCAACAAGUUUCCCCACAAGAAUUGGCCAAACGCUAUUACGCUGCUUUUCCUCCACUUAAUCGAAACACAUCACCUACGAAACUAAUCUCAUUGAUACCCAAGUGGAUACCAUCACCGAAGAAGAAACCCAACAAAAUGAAAGCAAGCAAAAAACAACAACAACAACAACGUGGUGGUGGAUAUAUCACUAAUCGCAAGAAGAAGGAAAAUCCUCCUCCUCCAAAAACCCAAGAUGUUGUUAAUCUCUAUGAUGAUCUCCCGGUGGACAUUAAAGAAUUGCUUGAUGAUUCCCCCAGUUCGCAUGAUGUCACUGUUGAGAUGAUGAAUCUUGCUAAUAUGAGGGAUACAGGAAGACGAGGUUUUAUAUCCAGUGGUACCAACAUAACGAGCUCGAUUUGGACGAAUGAUACGACGAUGCUUGAUCAACAAUUCAGUUCAAUUACUAUCGAUAAUUGGUCAAAUGAAUCAUUUUUUUCAUGUGGACGAUGGUCAGAUGAUAGUGGUUGUUUCGAUGAUGAUCAACACAAUCAACACACUUUGAGUUUAGUUAAAUUGAAUCAUGAUAAAGAAGUGAGUGCUUUUGCUGAAGUUGUACCAAAAACACGCCAGAAUCAAUAUAAUCCAUUUUCGAAAAUUAUCGGUUCGGAAUUGCAUCGUGAUAAGAAAAAUGAACUUGAAAAAGACGAUGAUUUACUCACGUCAAUUCAUAGUCAUUUUCGUCCGAUUAAUGAAAAAGUUGAUGGUCAAUACGCAGAUGGCGCCACUUUUCUUGUAUCAAACACUUGGGACAAGAUUAAUUACCGAAGAACUGAAAGUGGGAUGUAUAUGGAAACUGAUUAUAACAUGCGUAAAAAAUACUGCGAGUAUAAAAAUGGGCCUAAGAAUAUGGAAUUUGUUUUGAAAUAUCUUGUGUGUCAGAAUGAUAAAGGUUGUCAGACUGAUGAUGUUGAUGCUGAAGUUGAAGCAAUCAAUCGGGAGACUUGCACUUGUUUAUUGUGCGAUAAAUGUAAUAAUAAUACAUGGAAUACGAAUCUUGGUUUAAAAACGGAUUUAAGAUGGCAAUUCGGGACCACGAAUAUUUGGAGUGGGGGUAGUGUAUGUCAUGCGUGUCUUGGACGUCCCCCCUCCACUCUUCAACAUAGCAAACUUCGCGAAGAUGUYAGUCAAGAUGGCGAUCAAUUAUUAUCCGAUUUGAGUACUAUACAAAAAUCCUAUAUGCAAGAAAGUCUCCCGAUGACUGAAAUCACCUAUGACUUGGCUGAAUUUUUUCUCCCUAAAGAACGUAAACGUCGUCAUUCAUUAAUGGCCCAAAUGGACGAUUCGUGGAGUUUUGCUUCGCGUUUAGAAGAAGAUUGUAUUAUACAGAUGUCUACAAUACCAACAUUGCGUUCGGUCACUUUGUAAGGGAGGGGGUAGGUCAAUUGGAAAUCUCUUGGUAACACAUAGAGCUGAUCAGUGGCGUAAAUGCCACCACAAAAUGACAAACUGCCAUAUUAAUUUCAGUGCAGUUAAGCCUGUCAUAUAUAAGACGGGUAAAAAUGUGACGCUUGUGUGUUAUCGAUUGGCGAAUUAAAUUAUUAAAUCAAUUGUGAGUUGAAGCAACCGGGCAAGAUGUUGUUUUUUUUUUUUUUGUUAAGUUUUGGAAUUUUUUAUCUUGCACGGUUGGUAUUAAUGUAGGGGGAGUCUUAUUUUAGUUGAAUUUUUUUACCGAACCUACAUUAACGUUUUUCUUGUUAUGUGUGCAAAUUACGACCCGUUUGUCAAAAAUUAAGAAUUGUUUUUAUUAAUUUUUUUGAUGUGGGUUUCUGGAAAUUGUUUUAUUUUGAAAUUUCCACAAAAAAGUUGAUUUCUUUCACUACUAUUGUAACCCAACAAUAUAGUUGAAGAUGUAUGUCUAUGUAUAAUGUUAGGGCAUUUUAGUAUAGCUCUUUGAAGUGCAGCAAUGAACACCUGUAGUUGCUCGAGACGGUGCAUUUUGUCCCUUGGGGUCAAAAUGUGCGCGUCUCCCCUAGUUGUAUUUUUCGAAAUAUGUAACUAUUAUAAAUAUUGGAAAUGGGUAUUACCAUUACUGGUUUAUAUUUAGUUGUUUUUUGUUUUUUUUUUUAAUCAUUUUUUAGAACGAUUAGGGAGCGUGGGCAAAUUUUUCAACCACAUUUAGUCAUUCGGAGCCAAAGUAAAGUAGUGUAUUAAUAAUUCCCGCCCCUCUCUAAUCGCUAUAACCGAAUGUAAUAUUUCUUAUCAAUUAUAUAAAUGAAAGAAAAAAAAAUGGAGAAAAAUCCGUUAGUUUUAGAAUUGUUUCUGAUAUUUGACGCGUUUUUCAACUGAGCGUCAUUUUUUUUGAGAAAUAAUCGCAUAUCGGAUACAAUUAUAUUUUUUGAAGUGCUUCGUUUGAAAAACUUGUGCGAGUGUGUGAAUGUGUCUCAGUUGAUCAAAAAAAAAAAAAUAAAAAUUUUGUUGUGCUAUAAAAUAAAUGUGUAUUCAAUCGCACCUGAUUCAAUCGUUACAAAGCACAGCAAAAGUCCCACCGUUAGUUUACAGUCUUGCCAACUAAAUUACAAGAAAAGGUGCUGUUGAAUUUUAUUGUAUUUCCAUCAUUUUAUUGUAUGUUGUAAUUAAUGCAAUAAUUUUAUAUAAACGUAUCGUAACUCGUUCACUUGAUUCGAUUUUUUGUUUUGUUUUCUGAUUAUGUUGUAAUUACGUAAAGUGAACUUGUUAUCUUUUUAAAAGAAAUACACGUAACGGAGUAGUGCAGUAAUUAAAAUUGUGAUUUGUUUUAAUUAUUGUGAUGUCUCCGUUGUUGCAUUUUAGUGAUUGGUGGAGAGUGAUUUCGGUGUUUUAUUUUUCAAAUUAACAAAACCAAUCACUGGAUGCAGCUCUGAUGUUAGUGUGUAGCAUAACCUUUUAUUUUAGUGCCUAUUAAAACUAGUAUAAUUUGACCUUUUGCCUUAUCAAACGUUACAUGUAACCAUCUUUGUAUGUUGUUUACAUAGAAAUUUUCAUCAAUGUAACAUAUUCAAUUGACUCAAUUAAGAAAUAAUGCAGUUUGUGGCUUAAUUCAUAGUUUUAUUAUUAUAAUGACGAAAAGUAAAAACGCUAAAAAAAAUACGAAAAAAUAAAAAUGUCAAAAUAUUUUUGUUCCGUUCUAAUAGGUCAGUGUAUCAAUACUUAUGAAACUUAUCAAGGACAUAACUAAUAAUUCAUUGUCAUCAAAAUCAUUAAUUAAAAAAAUACAAAAGUUGGGUACUUGCUAGCGGUUUCCUAUUUUUUAACGCAGCAUAACUAAAUUAAGUCCGGCAGUGAGUUGAUUAAAUAAAGCAAGUACAAAGCA